AUGUCGAUAACUUACUCAAGUGCCAUCGCAACUGCUACUUAUGGUUCCUUCUUUCGCCUUCUUUGUCGUUGGAAAGGAAGUAUUUAUAAACUUAUUUGGGUUGAUUUACUAGUAUUUUCAAUUCUUUAUUCUACUAUUGCUUUAAUGUAUCAUUUAUCUCCUAUUUCAUCUCCAGGCCUUCUUGAAGCCCAUAAACAGAUUUUGAACUUUCUUGAUUAUGUUGAAUCAAUGUCGAAUUCCCUUCCAAUAUCAUUUAUUCUUGGCUUCUUUGUGACUCUUGUUGUCAAUCGAUGGAUCGAUCAGUUUAAUUACCUACCAACAUCAGACGGAGUUAGUCUAUUAACAUGUGCAUACAUUCAAAUCCCAUCCAAAAUAAGCAACAAAACUUCCUCUUUGAUUAUCGCUGAUGAAGUUGCAGUUAUUCGUCAAAGUAUUGCCAGAUAUAUUAAUUUGGCAGCUGUACUCUGUUUCCAAACCAUUGCUCCAAAUGUUAGAAAAGUUUACGAAAAUACUCAAAAUUAUAUAACCAGUGGAUUAAUGACAGAGAAAGAACACGAGUUCUUUGGACAAGUGGAUCCGCGCUAUCAUCCCUUCUACGUACCAUUGAUGUGGGCCAUCACUAUUGUCAAGCGUGCAAAAGUGCAUGGAUAUAUCGCUCAUGAACGUCAUAUGAAUGCAUUGAUUGACGAGAUACUGAAAUUUCGACGAUCUCUCUUCACUCUUCUCAAUUACGACAGUGUUCCAAUUCCUCUCGUUUAUACUCAAGUCGUGAACAUUGGCGUCUAUGCAAUAUUUAUAAUCUCACUUGUGAGUAGUCAAUUUCCUCGAGAGCUGCCAAACGUCCCCGGGUUCCAUCCAAAUGGGAGCCCCAUAUUUACUAAUGCAACUGAAACACACCAAAAACCGAAUCUCUACGUACCUGUCUUCUUCCUUCUUGGAAUCACAUUUUAUUUGGGAUGGCUCAAGGUAGCGCAGUCUCUACUGAAUCCGUUCGGUGACGAUGACGAAGAUUUUGAUCUUCUGCCUCUCAUGGAACGCAACCUGGCCAUUAGCCUGUGGAUGGUUGAUCUGCGUCACGGACUUCCGCACCAAGCACCCAAAAUUCAUCCAGAAGAGGGUCCAAUGACUUCUGCACAACAGCGUUUAUCCUUCGCCAAACCUACUGACACGCUCUUCUUUCGUCAGGUGGGUCCAAUCUCUGAGGCGAAUGAUGACCCAUUGAGUGAACUUCUCGCAUCAGCAGCACAAUUGUAUGUGCCUGAGACCUUGACUCCUGCUGGAACAAAUGAUGAACUAGAUCAAGCCCCUCAAUUAGGAUCGGCUGCUAUUGUAUUUGAGAGAAAGGAGAGUCGACGAAUAAGUUUGAGUGUAGGUGACUCCAUCGGAAGGAAGCAAUCGUCUAUGGCUGUGAGUCACAAUAUCAUUAAAAUAGCCUUUCUUAUUACAUUCAUCCUUAAUUGA